AUGUCCACGGAAGAGAAAAGAAAGCUUGGGGCGGCUCUUACGAGACUAUCUCCUGAAGAUCUAACUAAAGCAUUAGAGAUUGUUGCUCAGAAUAAUCCAGGUUUUCAAGCAACUGCUGAAGAGGUGGACCUUGACAUUGAUGCACAGGAACAAACUGUGCAGGCGGAAUCCACCCUAUGGAGGCUAAAGUUUUAUGUGGAGGAUGCGUUGGAAGUCCAGGGAAAAAGUGCACCAAGUACCGGUGGCAACAACAUCACCAGCAAUAACAACAACAACAAACGAGAAAGAGAGAUUUGUGAUGCUAUUGCCAAAAGUGCCAAGAAAUGA